AUGGAUCUCGCAUAUGACCAUAUUCAAGAGGAAGCCUACAUCAAGAAUACCGACGAGCCUGGAGAGAGUUCGAAGCAGGAAGAUGCACAAACUUCCCUAAACAGCGACAUCCAGGAAGCUUACAAGGCAUUCUCGGCGAGUCCGUGGGGCGCCAAGAUCGGAGGCUUCUUUGGAAAUGUAAUCAAGCAGGGCGAAUCCGUCUACACUCAAGCUUCCAAGGAGAUUGCAGAGGUCGGGGAAGAUGCACAGAAGGGAUUUACCAGUCUGCGAGAAACUAUCGCAAAUCGAACCCGCUCGCUUUCCCUUACCACCAUCAUCCCCGACUUGUCCAACGCCGACGCCGACGAUAGCCAGAGGACCCCGACCAAUGCAACGACUCCAGCGGCUGGAGAUGGCACCUCCACCCAAGACUCCGAAACUGUGCUGUCACGCCUAAGAACCGAGGCCGCAAAGCGCUUGAAGGACUUGCAGCAAGCCGAGGAUGCCGCCGACGAAGCUCUACUCAGAUUCGGAAGCAAUAUUCGGGACUUUUUACGAGAUGCGAUUAGCGUCGCGCCUCCGGAUGAAUCAUCCGAGGGUAGCCAAGUCAUGUUUGAGAGCAAGGAUGCUCAAGGAAAGAGAGUGAUCCAUACUUCAAGAUUCGAGGCACAGCUGCACGUCAUCCACACGUCGCCGGAGAGCUUCACCAAGGACCCGUCUGCCACGGAAUACGAACAAUGGACCAAAGGUUUUGAUAUUGACAAGCAGACGGAUGAAAUCAGCGGCGACCUGGCAAAAUACCCCGAAUUGCGAGCGACUAUGGAGAAGCUAGUUCCUGACCAAAUUCCUUAUGCCGACUUCUGGAAGAGAUACUAUUUCUUGCGCCAUGGCAUUGAGACCGCUGAGUCACGACGACGGGAUCUUCUCAAAGCUGCGUCUACGGAAGAUGAGGUUGGCUGGGAUGAUGACUCGGAGGAGGAAGAGGAAGAGGAAGAGGAAGAGGAUGACUCCGAGGACGACUCGGAGGAGGACGAAAAGUCAACAAAGCCCACUCCUGCUGAGAAAUCCGCCACUCCCGAUGCCAAGGGAAAGAAGCCCGACUCUAUUGCUUCAUCAACCACGAUCCAGGCCAAAGACACAAAGCCCGAUGAGUCCAGGAAAUCCAAUGAUGAAAAGUCCGAGGCGGAAACUGAUGCUAGCUAUGAUGUUGUUGGAGCGGCCUCGGGAAAAACGAGCCAGCUACCUAGUCAGACACCAAACAGCCCAAAGGAGCCCAAGAAAAAAGGGGAGAACGGCAGUGACGAGGAUGACAGUGACGAGGAUUGGGAGUAAUUUUGCACCACGUUUACUCUGUGCGUCUUCGGGUAUAAUUUGUUUCUUAGAGCUUGGGCAGUUUGGCGUUUGGAAUUGCUAUCGCCUCUUCAGCAAGUCGAGUCGUCGCAGCGGCGUGUAUUUUGUGUUUUGGAUUAUGCCGAUUUGGAUGCUCCCCCACAGCGAUAGCUUGCUCCCCCCAUGUUUUCUGUGCUAUUCAAGGUUUACCUCUUCUUCUUGGUGACCUUGAUGAAGCCGUCCUCGUCAAUCUCAGGAGCAGGCUUUUCCUUGGGGACGGGUGCCAGAGGUGGCGCCUCGUCCAUGUCCACAUCGCCUUCGUUGUCCUCAUCGUCCUCGCCACUGUCGCCAGACUCCCAGUCGGUAUCCUGGUCCUGGUCCUCGGCUUGCUUGAACAUCUGAUCCACCUUGGUGCCCUUGCGAUUCGCGAACCGCUCGCUCAGCUUCUUGACCUCGUCAUUGAAUUCGCCGAUGGCGCAUUCGGAUCUCGCUUUGACAAUGGAUCUAGCAACAUCCAAAGCAGAAUCGUCGUCGAUGUUGACCUCAAACUCGUCGAUCAUUACUUGUAGCAGCACCGUCUCGACAUCUUCCAUAUCUGGCUCCUCAGCGGCGCUGGUCUUUGCAGUCUCUCCGGGCUGCGCAUCGGCAAAUUCUGAAAACAGAUCGACGACGGCACCUGCAAACCAGUCCCGUUUGUCUGCAGAGUCGGGUCCUCCCCAGUUAUUCUGCACCGCGAGGGUCAGGGCCGGCCAUAGGUGCAGGGCGCAUGCCACUGCUUGUUCGAAGUUGGACUGUCGGAGUGCUGUAGUAUGCAGAGUUAAUAUACCAAUGUCCCAUG